UAGCUAUAUCUGUUGAUUCUAGGGCUGCAAAACAAGCCGAGCUGUACACUAGCAAGCUCAAUCUUAAGUUUGAGUUUGUCCUGGAUCAAAAUAAGCUCGAGCUGGAUUUGUAUAUGACUCGUUUAGCAUCUUAAUCGAGUUUCUACUACCCUUCGGCCUUCUAUAGCAGCUAUACAACAAUAUUCAAAAGAUGAAAGAUAUGACUCAUAAACUAAUAUCAAUACGAAAAUAUAUGUUAAAAGAUGAAAAAUAAAACCUAUGCCAACACAUUAUGUUUCAUAAUAACUACACUAACCUUCUUAAAAAUAGAUGAAUUUAAGCUAAAUCGUGUUAAACGUAAACCUAUCAUUUUUAAAUUGUAAUUAAAAUUUACGUAUUUAUUAAUUUUCCCGCCAAUCUCCACGCGCAGCUUAGUAUAUAAAGGCAUAAACCGAUCUCAUUUCUUAACUGUCAGCUAAAUAAUUCAGUUAAAAUAAAACUCCCGCUGCUCUGGAACUAUCAAUUUUCAAAUAACAUCCACCGCCCACCGCCCACCGCCCACCGCCAUCAACUGCCAAAGCUUCAAUGGCGAAAUGGAAACAGUUACAGCAUUUUAUAUUUGAUUUAUUGAGUGUAUUAUCGGUUUAUUUAUUUCUGGACUUUCCCCUAAUUCUUUGAAUACUGGUUUAUGUUUUUUUAUUCUUUGUAAUCUUGAUUUCAGAAAUGUGUGAUUUCUGGACUUUCCCCUAAUUCUCGUGUAUUCUUUGUUUUUAGAAUGUUUAAUUAUGUUUUUAUUUUUCAGGCUUGAAAAGUUAGUUGAGGAAUACCUAACGAGUAGAAAUAUGGCAGAUUUGGUUCUUUUGUUUCACAUUCGCCGUGCAGAAAUGGAUGAUUCUUCUGCUACUGGUGUGAUGGCUACCUUAUGGUCAACCGUUUAUGACACCGUUCUCAAUCAACAAGCGGAUCAGAAUGAGAUGAAUGUUCAUAACGGUGUGGCACUUCCGCAUCCGUUGGUAGACCAACAAAAUAAUGACGGGGCAGAAUUUGUCGACGUGGAGGUUGAUGUCGUCGAGCUUAAUGCUGUGGCGAUGGAUGAUGUGGACAACGCGGAUGACGUGGAUAUUGCUGACCAGGAGAUUGCUAAUGUCGGUAAUGCCGUCCAGCUUAAUGCUAUGGCGAUGGAUGACAUGGACAACGCGGAUGACGUGGAGAUUGCUGACCAAGAUAAUGCUAAUGACGGUAACGUCCAAGUUCUUGUGCCGAACCUUUUUCCAUUUGUUCCAUACGACAUCGACGAGUAGGAUGACAAGAUAUUGAUCAGAUUUGAAAAAAUGGGGUAAAUGGACAUUAUUGAUCAGUGUCUGGGAUCAGAUUUUGGAGUCGCAAAUCAAACAUUAGUACUUUUCAUUUUUGCAAAAAAUUGUUUGUAGAAAUGUAUUAGUACUUAGAAUUUUCAAUACCGUCUAUAUCAUCUACAUCUAAU